AUGUCAUACUACUUUGUAAUCAUUUCGCCCACCGACACUCCUCUGUUUGAGUUGACUUUUGGCACUUCCAAGGCUGGAGGUGACGGCGUCGCUCGGUUUCGCAAUGGAGAGACAUCGCGGUACAUGAAUCAAUUCAUCGUUCACGCAGCUCUAGAUGUGGUGGAGGAAGUCCAAUGGUUGACUCCCAACAUGUGGCUCAAGGUCAUCGACAACUACGCCCCGACAAACUCCCACAUCAGCUGCUUCAUCACGGGCACAAAUGUCCGCUUCAUGCUCCUCCACCAACCAUCAGCCAUGACGAAUGCUUCCGCUGGCAGCCGGACCUCGACCAUCUCGUCAACCUCGAUUCCUCAAAAUCCUACGAGUCCCCAGACGGAGGAAGCCAUCCGCCAAUUCAUGAACGAGGUCUUCGAACUGUGGGCCAAGACAUUGAUGAACCCAUUCUAUAGUAUCGGCAAACCUAUCAAAAGUCCCGUGUUCAGGCAAAGAGUUACUGCUGCUGGCCGAAAAUGGUUAUAG